AAGAGCUCGGAAGUGAUGAAAGGAAAAUUGCAGAGCUACUUCGCUGCGUGUGAAGAUGAGACCCCUGCCAUCCGGAACCACGACAAGGUGCUGCAGCGCCUAUGUGAGCACUUGGACCACGCCCUGCUGUACGGCUGGUGGGCCCGCUGCCGGCACCUUCCCCGGGAGCCCUGCCCAGGGACAGCAGCUCCUGUCCUCUCCUCAGGCUGCAGGACCUCUCCUCUGGCUACUGGGUGCUCGUGGUGCACUUCACCCGGAGAGAGGCCAUCAAGCAGAUCGAGGUGCUGCAGCACGUGGCCACCAACCUGGGGCGCAGUGAGUAGUACAGGCCGGGCCUGGCUGUACCUGGCCCUCAACGAGAACUCCCUGGAGAGCUACCUGCGGCUGUUCCAGGAGAACCUGGGCCUGCUGCACAAGUACUACGUCAACGGGCUUGUUGGUGAGGGAGGGCGAGCUGGACACCAGCCCAGCGCCACCACCGUCCCCUCCGUGCCUCACAGGAAUGCCCUGGUCUGCAGCCACGACCACCUGACUCUCUUCCUGACCUUGGUGUCUGGGCUGGAGUUCAUCCGCUUCGACCUGGACCUGGACGCCCCCUACUUAGACCUGGCCCCCUACAUGCCCGACUACUACAAGCCUCAGCACCUGCUGGACUUCGAGGACCGCCUUCCCAGCUCGGCCCACGGCUCCGACAGCCUGUCCCUCAACUCCUUCAACUCCGUCACCUCCACCAACCUGGAGUGGGACGACAGUGCGAUCGCCCCGUCCAGUGAGGAUUAUGAUUUUGGAGAUGUGUUUCCAGCAGUGCCGUCUGUACCCAGCACAGACUGGGAAGAUGGGGACCUCACAGACACCGUCAGUGGGCCCCGCUCCACUGCCUCCGACCUGACCAGCAGCAAGGCUUCCACCAAGAGUCCCACCCAGCGCCACAACCCCUUCAAUGAGGAGCAGGCAGAGGCCGUCUCCUCCUCCGACACCACCCCUGUGCACACCGCCUCUCAGGGGAAGGAACCGCACCCCCCGGAGCUGCUGGACGCCGGCACGGAGCUCGAGGUCAUCAGAACGCAGCUAGCUGCACUGCAGGACCUGCUCAGGGGCCUCUGGCUGCUGCCAUCUGUGCCUCCUCGGGCUGGUCCCUGCCUCUGCCAGCCAUGGGGGAGACCUCAGGGGCCCAGCCGCUGCUGCCCCCAGCCAGGACCCUGCACCCAGCACUGCCCGGGACCACUGAAGCUCUGGCCAUGCCCUCAGAGGGUCACCAAGAAAAAGAAAGCUGGCAAGAAGAAGAAGACCAGAUCAGAUGAGGAAGCCAGUCCACUUCGCCCAGCCUCCGCCCAGCACACGGGUGCCAGGAGGGGGGAUGGCGACAGCCGGGUCAGCAGCCCAGGCCUUGGGCGGGGCUCACCAGACACCACCUUGGCUUCCCCCCAGGAGAAGGGAGAGGGGCCCAGCAGCGCCGCUGAGAGCAGCGAGCGCUCAGAGCCCAGCCAGAUGGGCCUGCUCAUCCCUGAAAUGAAGGACACCUCUAUGGAGCGCGUGGGGCAGCCCCUGAGUAAAGUCAUCGACCAGCUCAACGGGCAGCUGGACCCUCGCACCUGGUGCUCCCACGGCGAGCCCCCAGACCAGCCCUUUCGGACCGGCUCUCCGGGGGACACCCCGGAGAGACCGCCGUUUUGUGACUUUAGUGAGGGGCUUCCGGCCCCAAUGGACUUCUACCGCUUUACCGUCGAGAGUCCAAGCACUGUUACAUCAGGUGGCGGCCACCAUGACCCUGCAGGGCCUAGCCAACCGCUGCAUGUUCCUGGUGGCCCUGCGGCUGCUGGCCAAGAAGAAGAGGGAGGAGGAGGAGGAGAGGGACAGGCGCCUCCGCCCCUAGGGGCCACCCUGGGGGAGGCUCAGGAGCCAGAGACCCGGGCACCGGAGACCCAGGUGCCCCCCGUCAAGGAGGGGCCUGGGCCUGAGCCAGAGUCUGGGACCCAGGAGGCUCUUUGCCAGCUCAAGCGAGACCAGCCCAGCCCCUGUCUGAGCAGUGCGGAGGACUCUGGGGUGGAGGAGGGGCAGGGGAGCCCUUCUGAGAUGUCCCACUCGGCAGAGUUCAGAGUGGACAACAAUCACUUACUCCUGCUGAUGAUCCACGUGUUUCGAGAAAACGAAGAGCAGCUCUUCAAAAUGAUCCGGAUGAGCACGGGGCACAUGGAGGGCACCCUGCAGCUGCUGUACGUGCUGCUCACCGACUGCUACGUCUACCUGCUCCGGAAAGGGGCCACAGAGAAGCCAUACCUGGUGGAAGAGGCCGUCUCGUACAAUGAGCUUGACUACGUGUCGCCUGGCCCUCAGUCUGGCUGUGGCUGCUCUUCUGGCAGCGGCCAGGCCCGUGUGCAUGGGAGGUGUGGUCUCUGGCAGGUGGGCCUGGACCAGCAGGCGGUGAGGCUGGUGUGCACCAACCGCAGGAAGCAGUUUCUGCUGGACACGGCCGACGCGGCUCUGGCUGAGUUCUUUUUGGCUUCUUUGAAGUCGGCCAUGAUCAAAGGCUGUCGGGAACCCCCGUACCCCAGCAUCCUGACCGAUGCCACCAUGGAGAAGCUGGCACUGGCCAAGUUCGUGGCCCAGGAAUCUAAGUGUGAGGCAGCCGCUGUGACCGUGCGCUUCUAUGGGCUGGUGCACUGGGAGGACCCCACUGACGAGUCCCUGGGCCCCGUCCCCUGCCACUGCUCACCCCCCGAGGGCGCCAUCACCAAGGAGGGCAUGCUGCAUUACAAGGCGGGCACCUCCUACCUGGGCAAGGAGCUGUGGAAGACCUGCUUCGUGGUGCUCAGCAACGGGAUCCUCUACCAGUACCCCGACCGCACCGAUGUCAUCCCCCUGCUCUCGGUGAACAUGGGGGGGGAGCAGUGCGGUGGCUGUCGGAGGUCCAACACCACGGAUCGGCCCCACGCCUUCCAGGUCAUCCUUGCCGACCGGCCCUGCCUGGAGCUGAGCGCCGAGAGCGAGGCUGAGAUGGCCGACUGGAUGCAACACCUCUGCCAGGCCGUGUCCAAAGGGGUCAUCCCCCAGGGGGUGCCUCCCAGCCCCUGCAUCCCCUGCUGCCUGGUGAUCACCGAUGACCGCCUUUUCACCUGCCACGAGGAUUGCCAGACCAGCUUCUUCCGCUCCCUGGGCACAGCCGCGCUGGCCGACAUCAGCGCCGUCUCCACGGAACCGGGCAGGGAGUACUGUGUCUUGGAGUUCUCCCGGGACGGCCAGCAGCCCCUCCCCCCCUGGGUCAUCUACCUGAGCUGCACAUCUGAACUGGACCGAUUCCUGUCUGCACUGAACUCUGGGUGGAGAACCAUCUACCAGGUGGACCUCCCCCACAAGGCCAUCCAGGAGGCCUCCCACAAGAAGUUCGAGGAUGCCCUGAGCCUCAUCCACAGCGCGUGGCAGCGCAGCGACAGCCUCUGCCGCGGCAGAGCCUCCAGGGACCCCUGGUGCUGAGGCAGAGCUGGCCGGUGUCCUGGCGGGCAGGACAGGAAGGCGCGCGGGGCACACACGGUCACCACAGCGGUGGCGCGCUGCUCGGGGCCAGGCCUCCACCCGUUCCACAGCCCACUUCCACCCCGGGCGGUAGAACCAGUGGGCGGGGCCUGAGACAGGGUCUGUCCCUCCCUGUGAUCCAGAGUGGGUGCGGAACACCCUGGGCACCUGCCCAGCAGGUGGGCACUGGGAAUGCCAGGGGCAGAGGUCUGAGCCCUAUGGGCUCUGUAGUUGCACAGCCUCCUCCCAGGGCCACGUCUCAGCCCACGCCAUCUCUUUAGGAUGGCGAUGGGAAUAAUAUCGACCCUGAGGGAGCAGAAGGAUGGGGGGGGGGGGGGCAGAUCCCCUCUUCCUCUCCGGCCCGGAGUGUCUGGCCAUCCUGUUCAUUUUUGAACGUAUACCCGGCCGUGCAGGGAAGCGGAACACUGAGGUCUUAGUGCAUGUCAUCUCCUCACUAACCCGUCCCACGAGCACUGCUACCUGCCUUCCAGGGCGGGGCCGGGGAGGACUGGCCCUCCCUGGCUGCCAGGAGGCCCUGCAUGUCCGUGGGCCCCUGCCCUUGCCUCUCCCUGAACCUGGCAGUGCCGUGGACCAGGAAUCGGGCUGUGUCCUUGCACCGGAAGCAGAGGGGAGGGAGGCGGGCAUGGAGCGGGGCAGAGCCCACCAGCCUGGGGUCCACGUUGGAGCCUCCUGACUGUCCUGCUUGGCGAGAGCCAGGCUCUUCCCAAGAGCUUGUCAAGGGCCCUCUUGGGGAAAGAGUCGGGUCUGGGUUUUGUUUUUUAAAAUAAAAUAGAUGUUAUAUUGCCAA